CUUGGCUGGUACGCAAAUCCGGUUUACGUAGGCGAUUGGCCGCAGGUGAUGAUUGAAAGAAUUGGCAGGAGAAGCGAACAAGAAGGAUAUUCCAAAUCCAGAUUGCCUGCCUGGUCUGCUGAAGAAGUGGAAUUUGUGCGAGGAACUCAUGAUUACUUUGGACUUAACAUCUACACUGCUUUAGCUGUCCAGGGAAUUGAUGAGCCAGGAUUCGGUGGUUCCGCCAGCUAUUAUAACGACAAAGGAACUUCAACCAGUUCCCGAGCGGACUGGACCAAGUCAGUGGCAUCUUGGUUGGUUUCAUACCCAUAUGGUAUGAGAGGACUGUUGAACUAUGUUUGGAACCACUACACUCCUGGGGAAAUUUAUGUGACAGAAAACGGUUGGGCUAGUGAAGCUGAUAUUUCUGAUCAGCUCAGAGUCGACUACUUGCAAGGGUAUUUGAGCAACAUGCUGGACGCUAUUUUAGAGGACGGAGUCCAGGUUAGCGGUUACACCACCUGGAGUUUGAUGGACAACUUCGAAUGGGCUCGAGGUUACACGCAAAGGUUUGGAAUAAUCCAAGUGGACUUUGAAAGUGAAGAGCGUACCAGAACAUUCAGGGAUUCCGCUACAUGGUAUCAACGCACCGCAAGGACGUAUUGUUUGGUUGAAGAAUGCAUCGAAUAAGAAACUGAUUGUAUUAUUUGCAUAAAUAAAUUAUUAUUUCUGUUA